AUGGUCUCCACACCUGCCGCCUGGUGCUCCAUCGCUCUGGCCCUGCUUUUGUCCCUGCAUGAAGGGAAGGGCCAGGCAGCUGCCACUCUGGAGCAGCCAGCCCCAGCACCCAAGGGCCGCAGCCCCCACCUGCGUUUCCGCCGUUGCUCCUGCAACUCCUGGCUUGACAAGGAGUGUGUGUACUUCUGCCACCUGGACAUCAUCUGGGUGAACACUGCAGGACAGACAGCUCCCUACGGCCUGGGAAGCCCGCCAAGGCGCCGGCGCCGCUCCCUGCCAAGGCGCUGUGAGUGCUCUGCUGCCGGGGACUCUGCCUGUGUCACCUUCUGCCAUCAAAGACCCUGGCCUGAAACUGUGAUCACCCCAAGCAGCCGGGCUCCCGGAGCUGUGUUAAAGACUGGCAUGAAGUGGGCCGCUGAGGGAGACCUCCUCCGAAAGCUAAGGGACAUUUCUGCCACCAAGCUCCGCUUUGCCAGGCUACAGCCAGAGGUGACAAGAGAGUCCAGUCCUGCACACUCUAGACGGAGGAAGAGAUAACCCUGUGAGCUGCAGAGCUAUGGAGAAGGAAGCCCACGUGGAGACGGGGGGAAAUGGGCAGCUAUGUGGGAGACCCUGUGCCUGCCUUCUGGACCGAGACCUCAGCCCGGGCUGGCCAGACCCAUCCGAUGGGUUCAGCACAAGCUCUGGCCUCUCUUACACUGCCAGGGCCGCCCUCAACACCUCAGCAGCAAUACAGCCUCCCAGGGCUGGCUGCUGGGUACAGUCCUGCUUGAAGGAGCUAUGUGAGGCCAAAUGAACACGCUAACUGCGUCCUGAGGAGUGUCCUGUUGGCUGGGCAGCCAUCCAGGAGCAACCCACAGCAGGAUACAAUUAUACCAUACCUGGAAACUGGACGGACGGGCCAUCCUGAUG